AUGGCUGAUUCCAUCAACUCAAAUGCCAAUCAAAAUGCAAAUCCAAACUCAAAUAUUUCUGAUCCAUCCCAACCAAACAGCCCCUAUUUUAUUGGUUCUAAUGACAGUUCUGGAGUCCUUCUUGUCACUCAAAUGCUUGAUUCAAGUAACUAUCAUUCUUGGGCACGUUCAAUGAAAAGAGCUCUUCGCAUAAAAAACAAACUUGGGUUCGUUGAUGGAAGCAUUUGUGAACCAUCUGAGGCUGAUAGUCCAUUGAUGGAUCAUUGGCUUCGAUGCAAUGACAUAGUCAUCACCUGGCUGCAAAACACCAUGUCAGUUGACAUUAAGAGCAGCACCCUUUAUGCUGAGACUGCUCAUCAACUGUGGAAGGAACUUGAGCAACGACUUGCACAGCAAAAUGCUCCAAGGAUUUAUGAAGUAAAGCAAGGUAUUGCUACAAUAAUGCAGAACCAAGACACUGUAAGUAUGUAUUACUCUAAGUUAAAAACUCUGCUAGAUGAAUUGAUGAACUAUGAGUCUAUUCCUAACUGCACAUGUGGGGGUUUGAAAACAAUAGUGGAUAACCACGAAAGAGACUGGGUGAUGAAGUUUCUUAUGGGUUUAAAUGACACAUACAAAGCCCUUAAGGCUCAGAUCCUUCUAAUCAAGCCUUUCCCUAGUCUAAAUGAAGUGUACUCCAUAAUACAAUAA